UCGUCGUUCCCGCCCGGUACCAACACCCCUCCAUUCACGCUGUUCCAAGGCGCGGUACUUCAGAUCAACAACAUAUCCUCGGGCGCAACAAUGGUCAAUCUGGAUUAUCCGAUGCCCAACGGGCUCUACGUGAUCCCUGACGAUCAACUUGACCUCCGUCCAGAUGCUCAGGUCGACCAAGACCUGCUGCAUCCGAGACCAGUAUCAGGUCUGAAGAACGUCUGGUUUUUCUGGCAUUCUGGAUUCUUGAACAUGCAUCCAUAUACGCAGCGCAACGUCCGGGCUUGGCAUCGCCGUUUUUCGAAGCACGGCUGGACGAUUCGUGUACUCGACCGCGAGGAAGACUCCCCUCUCAACAUCGCCAAGUACCUGGAUGUGAAGGACCCCAAUGUAUUCCCCAAAUCAUUCAUUGAGGGUGCUAUUGGAGGGAGCUAUGGCCUGCAACAUACCUCCGAUCUGGUUCGAUGGCCACUCCUGAACAAGUACGGCGGUGUUUACGCCGACGUUGGCAUGAUGCAGAUAGGCGAUCUUGACAGGCUCUGGAACAAGACUUUGGGAGAUCCUGAUUCACCUUAUGAGAUCCUCAGCUACGAUGGAGGCGAGAAGGACGGCAGGAAUUUGACGAACUACUUCCUGUGCUCCCGACCCAACAAUCCGCUCUUCACGCGCUGCCACAAACUGCUCCUGAAACUCUGGAACGAAGACGGUGGGAGGACGUCCACGGAUGGCAUGCAUGCCAAUCCCCUGCUCAAGGAGAUCCCGCACUUGGGCUACGCUGCAAAUGUCUCCAUUGAGCUGGACGGUGCAACGUAUGGUCCUGAAGAGGUGGCCAAGAUGCUCACGGAUUACAUUAUUCAGGGCCAGGUGAUCAGGCAAGUCAUGGGUCUGCAAGACGACGAGGAUGGUUGGAACGGCCCCGAGUACUGCGCGAAGCAUAUUUAUGCCAUCGAAUUCAUGGCUGGGUCACAGCUCAUCAACGAGUACACGACAUGGAACGGCGUUCGUGCUUUCGAGCUUAUGUCGCUCUCGCUGCCCAAAGAUGCGGAAGAGGAGACGCCAGACCAGAAGUGCGCGAGAGAAAUCGUCGAAGGAUGCUUGACGAGAAGUUGGGGAUUCAAAUUGGCGCAUGGUCUCAUUCUCAAGAUCUUGGGACCAACCCUCGGAUCGCUCUGGCGGCAGCAUCCUGGAUCUGAUGCUGUACCAGGCACGUAUGCCGACUGGCUGCGCAAGGCAAUGGUGUACUGGAAUCAGAAGGAGGACCCUGAGGCGAUCCCCUUCAAGAAGAUGCCGCCUACGAAGAUAGGACCUCUCCUUCGCGAAUCCUGAUUCAUUUAAAGGAAUUUAGGCAGAGUUUCUGUAGCUUGUUCCCGACUAGUUGGCGCAAAAAAAUAGAUCGUCGUUGUUCGCUCAUCUCUGGUUGCUUCAAGAACAUACCGGUACCUUACCUUGCGCAUCCAAAAAAAUUCGUGAAUUUCAUGUUUGGUGAGAAGGGGAACCACCUCCACGCCACCAGACGCGCACUGCAACAAAAUCUCAUCAACACCCGAGCCGCAAAUCGCCCGAUCAAUCAAGCAUGGAAGCAUCUCAAGAUCAACCGAUGCAGGAGGCGCCUGAAGAAGUCUCCUCCACAUUACCUGUGUCCGUCGAUGAGCAACGCGCUCUGGACCUCUACGACAAGCUGCAAGAACUUCGUCUGGAAAUUGCUAUCAUCAACGCGCAAAAGUCGCUACAAGGAGGUAAAUCACGC